UUGCAGUGCACUACCAUGUUUAUGUUGUUUCCAGGUAAUAACAAUGUGAAGGCAGGAGGCAGCACGGUUUCUAGUAUGGAGCUAAACACAAACAAGGCAGGGAUGGAAGGCUUAGACAAAGAGAGGAUCAAUAAAAUCAUCAUGGAAGCCUCCAAAGGUUCAAGGUAUUAUGAGAAUCAGAAGAAGAGAGAGCAGCAGACGACAGAGAGGAUCAACAAAAUGAUGGAGAAACUUUCUCAGUUGACAGAAUCUGAAAAGCAAGCUGCUUUGACUCAGGUUGAUGAAAUGGUGAGAGAUCUGGAGCUGAGUAGAGAUUUGAACCGGACCAUCGUUCAUCUUGACAUGGAUAUGUUCUUUGCUGCUGUUGAGAUGAGAGACAACCCUGAACUAAAAGAGAAACCAAUGGCAGUCGGUGGCAUGCAUAUGUUGUCUACAUCAAACUACAAAGCGAGACGAUUCGGGGUCCGUGCUGCUAUGCCAGGUUUCAUUGCAAAGAAGCUAUGUCCAGAGCUGGUGCUUGUCCCAUCCCAUUUUGACAAGUAUCAAGCUGUCAGCACCCAAGUUAGAGAGAUCCUGGCAGAAUAUGAUCCAAACUUCUGUCCUAUGAGCCUAGAUGAAGCUUACUUUGACCUGACAGAAUAUCUGGAGAGAAGAAGGACAAUGAGUGCUGACGAGAGGACCUACCCCUACUGGUCAGCAGAAUCCAGUGACCAGGGAGGGGAAGGGCAGAAGAGUAGUUCCGAUGAAGCUGCUCACCAAGAGAAACCAAGUGAUGAUGGUCCUUCAGGAGAUGACCAGACAUGCGUUGGUGAAGAUAAGUCUUUGUUCACCAUGGUCUCUAGAAACCAAGGACAAGUGACCUCAGGGACAGAUGCUACAGAUCUAGAUAAGGAUCGUCCACAAUCCCCCUGUCAUCAGGAGAAUGCAGAGGAUCAAAGUAGGAGCCUAGGAAGCUGCACCCCAGAAGGAGGGAGGCCUGAGUUAUUAACACAGGAGAUGGAUGAUGGAGAGUCUGCAUCUGGGACUAAGAGAAACGAAAGCAGGUGUGAAACAUUUGGAGUGACCUGUGAAGAGGUGGUGAGAGAGAUCAGGUUCAGAAUUGAGCAGAAGACCAGACUGACUGCAAGUGCUGGUAUUGCACCCAACUGCAUGUUGGCCAAGAUCUGUUCUGAUAAAAACAAACCUAAUGGACAAUACAGAAUACCACCAACUAGGGAUGAUGUUAUGGAUUUCAUCAGAGAUCUACCCAUUAGAAAGAUAUCUGGGAUUGGCAAAGUAACGGAGAGGAUGCUGAGUGCUCUUGGGAUACAGACCUGUACUGAUCUCUACCAGCAGAGGGCUCACUGCUAUCUUCUCUUCUCUCAGAUAUCAUCCAGUUAUUUUCUUCGCAUCAGCCUCGGUAUUGGAUCCACGCAUGUUGAGAGGGAUGGUGAAAGAAAGAGCAUGAGUACGGAGAGAACAUUCAAGGAAAUGAGCGUGCCUACUGAGCUCUACAGUAAAUGCAUGGAACUUUGUGAAUCACUGGCUGAAGAUGUCAAAAAAGAGCAAAUUCAGGGCAAGACUGUGACAGUGAAACUAAAGACUGUUGAUUUUAAGGUCAAGAGUAGAGCUUCAUCCUUAAAGACUCCAGUCAGCUCAGCUCAAGAAAUCUUUGCUAUCGCUAGAGAUCUGAUAAGGACAGAGAUCAGAGCUUGUCAUCCUGAACCUCUCAGGUUGAGAUUGAUGGGUGUAAGGCUAUCGUCUCUUGAAGAUGCCAGCAAGUCAUCAAAAAGCAAACAAGGAACCCUUCUUGCCAUGUUUGCUAAGAAGCAGAGCAACAAUCCACAGCAGACCGCUACACCUGCACCAGACUGCAGAGAACCCAACAUGGAUUUACUAGAAGAAAAAGCUUCAAUCAACAAUGUUAGCGGUAGUGUUGAAACUACAGGGGGAGAGAGCGAUGUGCGUAGAAUCAGUGAUGUAGCCCCCAACACCGGGAUGUCAUCAUCAGACAAUGAAGUGUUGGCAUCCAACAUGGGGGUGUUAUCACCUAACGCUGAAGCUGGUGUUGAUGCUACCAUUGUUAAGAAAGACCCUGAGGAGAAUGAAGAUAUUGUUUUAAGAUCAAAGAAAACAAGGGAGAUCAGGGACUCUGCAUGGUCGAUUGGUGCUGGUUUGAAUAUUAACAGUGCGAACAGCACAGUGUCAUCUGAUUCUGAAUCCAAGGCAAUUAAUGCCAGAUCAUUAUCCAACGGUAUCAGCAUGGGUGAAGUAGAACCUAGGCUUUUAUUCUGUGACGAUGAGUAUGUAUCAGGAAGGGAGAAUAAUCUUCCGUCGAUCACCGAUGGGGAAGAACCAACGGAACAAUUGUAUCACCCAGAAUCCCUUUCCAAAUCAGAGAUUUUCAAUGAAGAAAACAACCAAAGAGUGGACAUAAUGCUGCGAAAGAAUUCCCAUCGUAAAUCUGGUGAAAAUGGUGGUACGGAAUGCUCCAGCGUCGUGAAACCUGAAGCACAGAAGAUGUUGACAUGUCCCAUCUGCAGACAAGAGAGGGCGUACUGCACCCUUGAGGGAUUGAAUCAACAUAUAGAUGCUUGCCUCAACAGGUCGGCCAUCAAAGAAAUUCUCCAGAGAGAAAGGUUAAGAAGUUCUGGCAGUAACAAUACUCAACCUACCAAAAGGAGCCCUCCAAAGAAGAUACAGUCAAGAAAAAGGAGUAAUUCCGGGUCAAGUUCCAGUAAGAAAAAGAGAUCCAAGUCAACACCAUGCAGAACAUUGCAUGACUUCUUCCAGAAAAAAGACAAGACUACUUGAUCAAUGGACAACAGAGGAGCGUUUUGUGACUUUUCCCGUCAGUGAUCGGCCAAUGAGAUCAGAAGCUUGAAAUAGUUCAGGGAAAAUCACAAAAUAAUCUUUUCACUCCCAAGGUGUACAUAGGACAGACUUACUUUGUGAUUAUUUUUAUAUCAUGUAGAAAGAUCACGUUUGACAAAAUCAUGCAACUCAUUAUCACAUACAAUUAUUAAGCACAUUUUCGUUUUCAGCAUUUCCAAAGUGCAUUUAUAAUUCAUGUUAAAUUAUUAUGAUAAAUUAAUUUGUCAGUAUUUUGUAAAUACAUGUACAUUUAUAUGUGAAUAUCAGUACUCAGAAAAUAGAUAAAUGUGUGAUAUAAAUGAUGGGUACUAAUCUGAAAUAAGCGAUGAAAUAUUUUAAAUACAUGGAUACCAUUAGAGGACAAUAAUAGUAUAUUUACGCAGGGUUGUUCCGAAAACUGAUCUCCCAGCGGACCCUGCUAUUAUUAUUACUGUUUACAAAGAUACUGUAAAUCUACUGUAUUAGAACCCCCCCCCCAAUUCAUUAUACAAUGGUGAUAUAUAAUCAAAGCCAAACUCAAGCCGUUGCAGGUAUCAGUACUUCACAGAAAAGGUCUUUAAACUCAAGGUCAUGGUUUUGAGAUGUGGAUGGUUUAUCACGUAACAAGGUUCCCCAUCGUAAACACAAUGCUUGAGUGGGUAUUAGAAUAAUUAUGCUCACUUGCUCUCUUUGAAAUGUCAGGUUAUGACUGUUCCAGAGAUACCUUGUUCAUGAAAUUAAUUGAAAUUAUGUUUAGUAUUUGUAUUAUAUUUGUAUGUCCUUUACAAUAUCACAAUUUCAAUCAUGGUUGAUACAUGUCUGUUUUUCACAUCAUUACUGAAAACCACUUUUUAUGUACAUACAAGGGCUUCAACUAUUAUUAUCUCGUGCAUCUCUUUUAGAAUGAGUUGGUGUUCAUAUGCAUUAUGCACCUCCAUCAACAUCUGUCGUAUUAUAUUCUCCAGGAUUAUCAAUCCAGUUAGUUGGUAUGGUAUCUACCCCUUUAAUUUCCCCAUUUGAAAAUGUAAAAACUUUGAUAGUUGUAUUAUGGACUUUGUAUGGGGAAGGGGGAUAGGAAGGGGUUGUAUACAGGAUUAUUUUUUGUUUAAAAAAUUGAAACUUUCAAAACUUUAAUUUUGAGCAUUAUAUAUAGUAGCAAUAUUGGAUGCAUUGCACAUUAUUAUCUAUGUUUAUAUUUGUUAUAUAUCUCUUACACUUCUACAGGACAGGAACACUAAGUGAGGAUUAGUUCUCCAAGUUGAUUGGAGAACAUGACCUGUACUCUGUAGUACAUUUUAUGUUUACUUACAAGGCAUAUUUGUCUUGAUAUAUAAAGUAUUUAAAAUCAUAUAGGAAAUUGAUGCUUGUACAUGAAAUGCUGCAAUAAAUUUGAUAAUUAAAUUGAAAAUGAUAUGAUAAAUGAAUGAAGAAGCCUUAAUCAUUGGAAAUGUAAAUGCCAUUGUUGUAGGCGAUGAAGAUGUUAGUAAUGGUGGUGGUGAUAUUACGGAUGCUGGUGAUAAUAAGAAAUAUGACAAUGAUGAAGAUGAUGGAUGAUUGUGGUGGUGGUGGUGAUGAUUAUGACUAUGAUGAUGGUGAUGAUAGCAGGGAUGGCGACAAUGGAUGAUGAUGCUGGUUAGUGACGAUAAAUAAUCAUGACAUUGACAGAUAUUGGUGACAAAUAGUGAAAAAAAUAAGACAAUUUUGUUGAAAAUCGAAAUCUGAUAUGGAAAAGGAAAGAAAAAGCACUUAAUUUUCAGUUGUGUGGGUGCUAUACAAGGUGAUGAUUAUGAUGGUGAUAAUGUUAGUUUGUCUACAUAAUCGUUAGGAGAGACAUUAUGAAAAUAUUCAUGAUUCUUCCAAGCAUGAUCAAUGUUAUCAGUUGACGUUUUCAUCCGGGAGCAUUUCAUCAACAUUUUCUUUUGUCUGAGAAGUUGUCAGAUCGACUAUCCUUGAUUUUGAUUGGCUGAGAUGCAUAGUUGAUUUGGCGACUGUCGGAUUAAAUGUCUGACAGGUCCUUUCAUGAAACACUCCCCUGAAUGACGAGAGCUGGAGAGCAUUUUAUGAAAGGACUUGUCGGAUGUUUUUUAAGACAAGUCCCGUUCUAUCCGAAAGUUACCAUAGUAACAUUGCUU